CAAUGGCUGUGUCCCAAUUCAGGGUAUGCACGCUUGAAGUACGCAUUUCAAGUGCGAAUACGUCACCGCCACGCGACGACGGCUGUCCCAAUUCAAAGUGUACUUCAAAUGCAUACUCCAAAUGCGCCGUCGAUUUCCCCAAAUAUCAAGCGUGGUCCGGUGCACGCUUCGUGGUCCCAUAUAUCCCACAAUUCAUAGCGCAGCGGUGGGUGUGGAUAAUUUUGCCGCAAAAUACGGCAGAAGGGAGCGGCCGAAGAGUGAACUGGCAAAAUCACAGCAGAACAAGAUGGCGUCUCAGCAGCCGCAACCAGGAGGGUCGAUGUCUCAGCCCGGAUUACAACAACAGUCUGCUUCAAUGCAGCAACAACAACAGCAGCAACAACAACAGCAACAGCAACAGCAACUGAGUCAACAGCAAGACUUUGACCCAGUUCAGAGAUUUAAGAUGCUUAUACCGCAGCUAAAGGAGAGCUUACAGAAUGUAAUGAGAAUCGCCUCCCUGAAUUUGGCAUAUAACACGACGAUUGACAACGGCAUCAAAACCAGCGACACUUCAGUGACAGUUCAGCGCUUUGACAAAAGCCUGGAGGAGUUUUAUGCCCUUUGCGAUCAACUUGAGCUGUGUUUGCGACUAGCAUAUGAGUGCCUCUCACAGAGCAUCGACAGUGCCAAACACUCACCCAACCUGGUCCCGACAGCCACCAAGCCAGACACCGUCCAGACAGAGUCCAUGUCAUAUGCCCAGUACCUCGGCAUGAUCAAAUCUCAGAUCUCCUGUGCCAAAGAUAUCCACAACGCUUUGCUGGAGUGUUCUAAGAAGAUUGCAGGAAAGGGACAGCCUCAAGGAAUCAUGUAGAUUUGGACUGAUGGUUACAGCUCUUUAUGCACCAGGUGUUUUGUAAAAGGUGACAGAAUUGUAAAAUAUUUACUUCUCACUUUCAUGCUACAUUGGUCAUGAUGAUGAUUUAUGUCAGCAGGUCAAAAGGUCAUGUAUAUUUGGUGGAGUGUGAAGUUGUGUUUUUGCCACCACUUAGUAAAUAAUUCUGACAGACGUUAUGUUGGAAGAUGACCAGCAGGUGGCGGCAGAGGCGCAGGUGAAGUCUUUUAUAACACAUUUGUAUUCCUAAUAAAAUCUUUCUACUUAUGUUUUCUGUUUAUUCAAGGUGCACAAUUGGGGAAGGGGGGGUUGUCAUUUAUUAGCAUAUUAUGUAUUUAUGUAAUGAACAGAUCAGCUGUGCAUGCAGGAGCCAUAAUGACUGUAGAAAAAGAUUCUAAAAACAGCAAAUGGAUUACAGCGUAUUUUAACUUUGUCUUCAGUAAAGUGCUUUGAUAAGGAAAUAAAGAUAAAGAGCCACUGGGAUAAAAUGACCGUCCUAAAGAUGCUCACAUUCAGCGAGUAAAAGCUGAGGUCUCUGUGCUCUAAGGACAGAAUGGUAGCUUAUUC